AUGGCGAAAGCCACGGAAAAGCGAAUCUAUCUUACUCGUCAUGCGCAGGCCGAGCACAAUGUUGCGGAGGACUAUACGAUUCACGAUGCACUCCUCACCGAGCUCGGUCGCCAGCAAGCCGCCAAAUUACAUGCCGACACGCACCACACGAUCCAGCAGUCUGCCGAGCUGCUCGUCACGAGCCCGCUCCGACGCACGCUCUCGACGACCGUGAUCGGAUACGAGACUCUUCGCACGAAGCUCGAACAGCAGGGCAAGCAGGUCGUCGUGCUUCCACAGUUGCAAGAAUGUAAUAAUCUGCCGUGCGAUAUAGGCUCUCCCCGCGAAGCCUUGGAGUCCGUCCCCGAAUAUGCGGGUCUCUCUUUUCACCACCUCGAUCCCUCCUGGACAUCCAAAUCAGAGUUCUACGCCGCCUCGAAUUCGGCGCUCAAGGCCCGCGCGCGCUGGGUGCGGCAGUAUCUCCGUUCGCUCCCCGAGCGCGAGAUCGUCGUCGUCUCACACGGCGACUGCCUCCGCUACAUCACAGAGGGACACAAAUCGCACCACCCGUGGGCGAAUGUCGAGGUGCGAGAGUAUACGUUUGCGGUGGAGGAGGAGGAGGAUGUGGAGGGCGAGGCGUGGGUUGUGCCUGUAACGAGAGUGGUGAAGGAGGGCGACGACCGGCCGACCUCGUCGGCGAAGGUAUUUAAGAAUUAG